AUGGCCGACACCAACGCAGCCGCGGCGCCGCAGCCGCGCAAGCUCCCAUUCAAGCGAACCGUCAAGCGCAAACCAGUAGAAGAGGUGCCCAGUGCACAGCCGGAACCCAAGGAAGACGACGGCCUCGAGCUCUUCAAGCGGUCGCGCGAGUUCUUCCCCAGCGUGAUUGAAGAUCAGAAAAAGGAGGCCGCCGAGAAGGCUGCCAGGGCCGAGCGGGAGCGCCAGGAGGCAGCGGGCGCGGACGAGCGGCGCAAGCGAGAGGACGUCGGUGGAAGACGGGCGCCACGGACAACGCAGCACGCCGAGAACGACGAGAACUCCGGCUCCUCGCCAAAGAGGAGGCGGACCGGCUUCUGGGACAGUCACGACGACACACCCUCCCCACCCGACGAUAUGCGAACUUCGCGUGCUUCGCACCGAUCCCCCACAAGCAAUUCGCCAUUGGCAACCUCGCCUGCCAGGAACGCCUCAAACGGGCGCGCUGGCCGUACGGCAGUAAAGCAGCAAGCAACCGUCAUAAGCCUUGACGACAGCGACGACGAAGACGACCGUGAUGAAGACUAUCAACCUCCGCGGUCCAAAACGAAGCGUGAGCCGGCGGAGGCAACGCCCAGAGCGGUCCGAGCCGAAUCAUCAGAAGUUGAACUCAUCAUGGAGGGCAGCGCAUCACCACCAAGGGAAAAGGACUCUGAUGAGUUCGAGAUCUACGUGCAGCGCGCCAUGGAGCGUGCUCAGAAGGAGAAAGAAGCACAGCUGGCGGGCAGCACCAGCACCCCAGACUCGAGCGCCAAGCGGGCCAGGAUGCCGGUCGUGGAGGUCCUCAUUGCGUCACGAGACGAUACGCUCAUACCGACGAGCUUCAAAGUGCGAACCGACCAGAGGCUCGGGCUCAUGUUCGAGGCGUGGAUAGCACGGCAGAUUGGGAAGCGGCCCGGCCAUCCCGACCCCGUGCUCGCAAACAUGGUCUUUACCUGGAAACGCAACAGGCUGUGGACCAACACGACGCUCUCGACGUUGGGCAUAAACCCCGAUCCUCACGGCCACCUGUACAACAAGUGGGACUCGGCGGCUGAGGGCUUCGAUCGCGACAAUGGCCAGGACAAGGUCUUUUUCGAGGCCUGGACACGAGAACAGUUCGAGGAAUACGAGCAGGCGAAAGAGUAUCAACGGCUGCGCGCGCUCGGCGAGAUCGACGACGACGACUUUGCGUCGUCGUUCCCCAGCACCGCCGCGGGCGGUGGAGCCAGCCAGUCGCAGAACCCAGGCUUGCGCGCAGAGUCGCUAGCCCGCCACGAGGAAGCAGAAGCGGCGGAGGAGAAGAAGAUCCGCAUCACCCUCAAGCCGAAGCAGCUGGCCCCCAAGACGCUGACGGUCAAGCCGUCGACCAAUGUCGCGAUGCUCAUCAAGGUGUUUUGCAGAAUGUCGGAGCUGCCGACAGACACGAGGAUCGAGAUCCACUGGGACGGCGAGGUGUUGGACCCGGAGACCACGGUCGAGGAGGCGGAGAUUGAGGACAUGGACUCGGUGGAGGUUCAUUUGAAGUAA